UGUCACUAUGACAAAAGGGACGAAAGAUAGUUGUUAUUUUUUCUAUUUUAUACAUACGUUUUUUAAUUGUUAAUUUGAAAAACAAUAUGUAAAACAGUUUGUUUUUAACUUUUUUUAAGUUAGCUAUAAUUGUUUUUUUAAUAGAAAAUAAUUAUAGUAAAAUUUUGAUAGAAGUUUUGAAAUACAUUAAACGUCUGAGUGGUGUUUUAUAAACAAACCCAAAAUGGGAACUACCAAGGACCGAGAGAGACGCACAUCACAUUGGACGAACCUUAUGCAGGAGUUUUCUGAAAAACAUAAAGAGGUCUGCCGUGCGACACCUGUCGACCCAUCAGGAACUAGAACUAUUAUGAAGAAAUUCAAAACAAAUUCGAGAUAUCAAGGCGGGUGGGGACCCUUGGGUAUGACUGGCUAUGGCGAAUACACGUUUCCUAAUGGUGUUGUCUACAAAGGAGAGUUUAAAGAAGGCAUGUUCCAUGGAAAUGGUGAACUGAUAUACAAUCCGGAUCCCGCUGAAGGUCACUCCGUAAUUCGCGGUAAUUGGGAGAACGGUACCAUGACAUCGAGGUCGAUACACUUCUCUAAUACCCUCGAAUAUAACGAGCACAAGUGGGCGUAUUGCCAGCAACCUGAUAGAAGGUUUGACAUAGAAUACGCAACGAGCAUUCAGCCGGCUGGCAAGUCAUACCUGACGGCUCGUCAGCCCACUAUAGAGAUACCUCCCGGUUACUACGAUACGGGAGACGGACUGUACAAUCCUAAGACGAAAGUUAUUUACAAUCACAGGGACCUCACUUCUAUCAAAAGGGCUCCGUCACAACGAGAGCAGCGCUGGAUAGUAGAGAACUGUCGCGUUGGAGACGUGAAGCCAUUGGGUCCCCGCCCCGAUUUGUACGAGACCUAUGAACAACCAACUCUCCUUCUGGCGCAACCACCGCCACCACCAGCCACCAGCUUAACUUCCAGAAUAAGUUCCCAAUUCGAUAUAGAACAUCAAAAACCCCUAAGGGACUUCUACAAUCCUUCGAAACUUAGAUCUGCGUCAAUGCAAAGGCCCCCGCGACGAAAGUUCAGACCUGCCAAUUGACAAUGAAACUAUAUUAUAAAUACAUACAGGUUAAUUAAUCCGAUUUCUGCUUUAAUUUUAAAUUAUUUAUUUGCUAACUUAUUUUAUUGCUAUUGAUUAAUUUUAUUUUUAGUUUUACUUUAAGCGGUUUUCGGUAUUAUACUAUUGAAAUUUAGUUUAAAUAGUUUAUAAUUAAUGUUUUUAUUUGUAAAUUGUAAUUUAUAAUUCCUUUCUUAAAGUAUUAGGUAUGGAUUUUUAAUUUUAGUCUGUUUUUGCUGGUUUUUUCAUCAUUUAGCUGUUGAAAACUAAAAUAAACUUUCUUUUAAUUAUU